AUGAGGGGAGAAAACCAGUCCUCUACCCUGGACUUCACCCUCCUGGGGAUAACUGGUCGGCAGGAACAGGAAGACUUUUUCUUCAUCCUCUUCCUCUUCAUUUACCCCAUCACUUUGGUUGGAAACAUGCUCAUCAUCCUCGCCAUUCGCGCUGACACUCGCCUUCACAACCCCAUGUACUUUUUCCUUGCCAAUCUCUCCCUUGUUGACAUCUUUUUCUCAUCUGUAACCAUCCCUAAGAUGUUGGUCAACCAUCUCUUAGGUAGUAAAGCCAUCUCCUUUGGAGGAUGCCUAACGCAGAUGUAUUUCAUGAUAGCCUUGGGUAACACAGAUAGCUACAUCUUAGCUGCAAUGGCCUACGAUCGAGCCAUAGCCAUCAGCCGCCCACUUCAUUAUACAACAAUUAUGAGUCCACGCUCUUGUAUCCUGCUAGUUGUUGGGUCUUGGGUGAUUGGAAACUCCAAUGCUCUCCCCCACACUCUACUCACAGCUCAUCUGUCCUUCUGUGGCAACAGGGAAGUGGCCAACUUCUACUGUGACAUUACCCCUUUGCUCAAGCUGUCCUGUUCUGACAUAGGCUUUAAUGUGAAAAUGAUGUAUCUAGGGGUCGGUGUUUUCUCCGUGCCACUGCUAUGCAUCGUUAUCUCCUAUGUCCGAGUCUUUGCCACAGUUUUACGGGUUCCCUCCACUAAGGGUAUACUUAAAGCCUUCUCCACCUGUGGUUCCCACCUGACAGUUGUUUCUUUGUACUAUGGGACAGUCAUGGGCAUGUAUUUCCGCCCCCUGACCAGCUACAGCCUGAAGGAUGCAGUGGUGACUGUGAUGUACAUGGCAGUGACCCCAAUGUUAAAUCCUUUCAUCUAUAGCCUGAGAAACCAGGACAUGAAAGCUGCUCUGGGGAAACUCUUCAGUAAGAGAAUUUCUUCAUAG